UUAUUCCACGUUGCUGUUCAAGUGGUAUAAACUACAUCGGCGAUUUAAUUGGCACAGUACGUCGCACUUCGACCGUUAUCGAGAUCGACGGUCUCGACCGCCAGCGAGGAAUAUUGCAUGCCGCCACCCAUGUCCACGCAACCACCCGCUUCGCUCGACAUUCCUCCAACCACCAGACCAACCUGUCCCUCAUCAAUCCCAAAAGCACAGCGCACAUACUACAAUUCUAACCUACGCAAACCGGCCCUCGCGCACGCAAUUACCGAAGAGCACCCCAGCGCCCAAAUCUCCAAUCACUUCCACUUCGAGGUGUCAGGAACCACACCGGUUCGUCGCACAGAUGAGGCGGACGCCAGGAAGCUGGGAUAUUACCUUACCGUACCGUACCUUAGCUUAUACAGCCAAGACCUGAGCAUUUCUCAGGACUCAAGGGAGGUGGACCAAGCUAGAAUUGGGAGGAUACUGGACUAGACUGAACUAAACUGAACUGGACUGGACUGGACUGGACUGGACUGGACUGGACUGGACUGGACUGGACUAUAGUACACGAACACUGAAUGGUUGCGAACCUACCCUGCGCGCUCAUUGGUCCAUCGUCGGAUGUAAUGUUUGUCGCCGUCCACUUCUCCUGCGCCAAGGGGAUACGAAUAUGCAAGCGCGAACAAUUCCGCGGCCAUUCGGGAGACGGGAUCCCGACCGG